CUUUACUGGACCACUUCUAAAGACACUUUUCCAAACAAAACAAAACAACGAUCUGCACACGACAAAACGCAACGUCUUCACACCGUUGCACAGAGACGAGCUGCGGCUGUGAUGACAAGUAGCUUGGCAGCAGCCAAAGAAAGCUGACGGAGAACCAUUUUCUCCAACCUCGCUUUCACUUUCUGCGGUGACGACCCACAGUGCACGGUUUUAUCCUGAGUUCUGACUAAGUUGCAACGAUGCCGGAUGUGGAACCUCUCAGAUACCCAUCCAGAGAAGGACCGGCCAGUCAACCAGACCUGGAUGUGGUUUCCUCCGGUCGACGUCGCACUUGUGCUUUGCUCAACAGUCCCUCGCCAUAUGUCAGCAACGCUAUUUGCCAUAUGCAGGAGCUGAAGACUGCUGUGGAAAAUUGGUGUCAACAGUGUGGACAAUAUCGAGCGCAGUUUGACCAGGAAAAGCAGCCAUACAAGAAAUUUUUAAGAUUCCAACCCAGAGAGCCCGACAGUGAAUCAGUGAUGUCAGAGCUGUUUGUGGAAGGCGUUGCAAUUAGUGCAAGAGAAACGUCUCCGUUGUCCUCGUUGUUGAGGAGAAUAAAUGAUGUCCUUGGCGAGGUGAUGUGUCUGAUUGAGCGUCUGGAAGCCGAUCGACAGUUUGCUGAGGAGGCGCUUCUCAUCGAGAAGCAGAGGAAGAAAUUCCUGGAGAACAAAGUUGACCGUUUGUCACUGUGGAAGCAACAGGAGUGUUCCUCCGUCGUCCAGAAAGCACACGAGGCUUGUGUCAGAGACAUGAGCGAUCUGAAGAUAAAGCUGAAACUUGAAAAAGAGAAGCUCCAUCAGGUGCAAAAGACACUGUCAGACACUGAGAUGCUGAACCACAGAUUACAGGAGGACAUCAACUUUGCCAAGAAACAGAUUCCCAUUGUAAAGGAAAACCUGGAUCUGCAGGACACCAAAAUAAAUCAAAUCAACACAGUGAAAGCAGAGGCUGAAGAAAUGUAUUUGAAAGCACAGAGUGAACUUCUGAAGGUUCAGAAUGAACUGAAAGUGAUGGAGGACGAUGCCAGCAAUGAAAAAGCAUUACUGGAUGAUGAGCUGCAGGAGAUGAAGAACCAACUAGCCAAGAAGUCGGAGGAUUUAAACCAGUUAGAAAAACUUGAGGAAGAUUUAAAUGCUGAGAUAGUUGCUGCUGAUAAAACUGUUGCUCUUACAGAAGAAAUGUGUGCGACCUUAAGGCAACGUAUCCCAGAGUUGACCGAGUCUGAGAAAAAUGAAAAAGAUCAGAUUUCGGUCCUGAAAGUUAAAAUACAGGAUGAGAUGCAAAAGAACAAGAAGCUAAGUGGGAAAAUAGGUUCACUGGAGGAAGCUGUGGAGCGAUCUAGACUUAAGGGGGAAGCAGAGGUUUCCUGCAUAAAAGAGCAGCUCCAGACAAAACGCUGUGCUGCUGCAGCUCUCCGCAAGGAGAGCAUGGAGUAUGAGCAGAAAGUGGAGGAAUACGAGAGGAAGACGACCGAGAGUGAAAAAGCAGUGGCACAGAUGCGCGCGGAGACAAAACAGAUGCUCCAGAAAAUCAUUGACAGUGAUGAGCAGUGGGAAAAAGCCAAGGAGGAAGUGACCCAGAUUGUAGCCAAGCACAGCGUCGCCCGGGCUAAGCUGCAGGAGCAGGAGAAACUCACCUUCCAGCAGGAACAAAAAGCCAGGAAGGAGAUUGAAAGCCUGAAGAAAGAUCUGACAGGACAGAUAACUGCCCUGGAACUGCUGAAGGAUCAGUGUGCAGAUCUGAAGGAAGAGCUUGAACGACACAAAAUCAGCUCCGAGCUGACCAAUCACAGGCUUCAGAAAGAGUUUGAAAAUGUCUCCUCAGCAACAAAAGCUCUAGAGACAAAAAUAAAGAAAAUCAAGAAAGUGACAGAAGAUUUAGAGAAUAUUCAACAAGAACACAGGAACACAUUACUCGACCUUGAGCGAGAGAAAAAACUCAGGCACCAGCACCUGGAAGCUGCGCAGGAUUUACACACUGCAACUGUAAAGAGAUAUGAGGAAACUCAGCACAGAAUCGCUGACCUCAUGAAGAAGACCAAAGAAUACCAAGAGUCUUCGGAUAAAAUGGAACAAAUAGUUGAAAGCAUGCCAGGAGUCAUAGAAGAACUUCAAAGUGUGUUUGAUUCGGUGGAUUUCCAGUACAAAUCAGCUGUUCUCAUCAUGAGCACCUUACAGGCUGAUAGGAACGAGUGCCAACAACGAACACGGAGAUCAGUGCAAACACACACUGCUCAUGUCAGAGCACGAAAAAAGAAAAUGGCAGAGAUGAAGGAAUUGCUUCAAAUCGCCCUAAAGGAAAACAAACAGCUGGCAAAAGAGUACGAAAGUAUGAAGAAGUCUCUGAUGAAGGCAAAACAAGAGGACGUGUCGGCGCAGAUCAAGAGGAACAGUCAACACGGAUCGUUUCUUUAUUACAAACAGCUCUCUUUGUUGCAGAAGAGGAUGCACAAAGCUCUGGUGAAAUACUUCAAACGACGCAGCCUCUACAGCCAGGCUGAACUGGACCGGUGCCAGGCUCUCUCCCAAGAGACCAAGCAGAAAAUAAAAACAGCCCAGGAGAGCUUGUCAGAUGAAAUCCACCUCAUCUCUGCCUUCCUGCGCUCCCUGACAGAUGACUCUACUACCACCGAAGAUGCUGCGGUGGACAAACAAGGCCGUCCAGACGCCGCCGGAUCGAAAUAAGUAGAUGCCUUCACUGCGGCCCACUGUAAUUGAACAUUCACCUGUACCAGACAACUUACUUACCCUAGCACGCUUCACUAUUCCCUCCUCUUUACUUGCAGCAAAUCCAUAACAAUGAAACAGGUGACUUUCAUGCUGCUGUCAGGACUGAUCUAAUUUUAGCUGGGUGAAUGAUUGCAAUUGGCUUUGCCUCAUCAGAUAAUUAAUCUAUGUCACCAUUAAUUGGAAAAGAGAAUAAUUACAGGCAGUGUUGACAGAAAUUCUACGCUUCUCCAGAUUCCAACAUCUAAUUACAACUAGUGAUUCCCUGUGACCUUAACUAGCAUUUAUAACACCUUGCCCACCUUGACCACACUCACGAAGACGUCAGUCUCCAAAAAAGUCCCCCCGUGUUUGUAAGGGCGGGCCACGCUUCUGCGCUCACUUCACUCUCCACGUUCUCCGAGAGCUGUCUCCCUCAAUCACUUUUCAAUAUUCAAUCUUAAUUUUGUGGAAGUUUAGCAUUUUCAAUGAGCUGGAGAUGAAUGAUUAAUGAAUAAAUUUAAAUGCUU